AACUUCAAAUCAUAGGCCUAAUGACAUGGGCCUUGAGAGGUGUAGGCUGUUGGGAAAUCUGUAAGGAUUGUGUGAAUUCUCCUGAAGAAUGUCUUCAUUACCAGUGAAUGAGUUAUCUUGACUGGUGUGUUCAUAAUUGAAGCCCAUUGUUGCAUUCCAAGAGACAUGAAUAAGCCAGUGAAGCGAGUUCGAAAGACUCGCCUCUCUCCUACAGCUGCCAAUGAGACCUCAGGUGAAACACCAGGAAAGAGACAAUGUUUACAGCCUGAAGAAUCCAGAUGUGGCAUCAUUGAGAAGGUGUAUCUCGAGAAUUUCAUGUGUCACAAAAAGCUGUUGGUGCACUUUGGUCCAAAUAUCAAUUUUGUAAUGGGCCGCAAUGGAAGUGGGAAAUCAGCUAUCCUGACUGCUGUUGUUGUUGGCCUGGGAGGCUCAGCUAGAGCUACUGACAGAGGAAAUACCCUGCAGAAUUUGAUCAAGAAAGGUGAGACUUCUGCUCAGGUCCAUAUCACACUGAAUAACAGGGGCCCUGCCUCAUGGAAACGUCAUGAUUAUGGGGAUUUGAUCACCAUUGUUCGCAUCCUGAAGGCUUCUUCUGGAGGGUACAAGAUCAAAAAUGCUGUUGGGCAUGUGGUUUCACAGAAGCGAGAGGAGGUCAUGAAGAUAGUGAACCAUUUCUGCAUUGAUGUAGAGAAUCCCAUUUCCAUUUUGAACCAAGAGGUGUCAAAAAAUUUCCUGAAUGCCACAGACCCCAGAGACAAGUAUAGGUUCUUUCUCAAAGCAACCCUCUUGGAAAAGAUUCAGGCAAACCUGAAUGAUUCCCAUCAGCUGAUGAAGCAAGCUGAAGAGAUAUUAAAACAGAAGGAGUGCUUAUUGCCAGGGUUGGAGAGGAAAGCAGAGCUCUGGAAGAUUAAGCUGCGUGCUAUUGAGUCUUGGGAGGCAAUGAAAGAAAAGUUGGUGCAUUUGGAAUAUGAAAAACUCUGGGCUGAGAUUGAAGCUAUGGAGUCCUCUUUUCAAGAAGAGGAGGCAUCCCUGGAGAAGCACAAGAAAGUCAAGGAACAGGCACUAAAGAAGCUCCAGACUCAAACUCAAUUGGUUGAUAGUUAUGAGAACCAGAAACAAUCACUGCAGGAAAAGCUGAGGGAGUAUGAAGCCAAAAUACAAGAUCUCCAACCAAAGCAAAGAGAAGCAGAGAAUGAUGUGCAAACACUGUCAAGAGAAAUCCAGAAGCUCAUGGCUGAUCAUCGUACUGUGAUGGAGAGAGUGGAGGAACAGCAGAAGGAUUUGGACAGACUUUCACGGGAGGAAGAGCGACUCCAAUGCGGCGAGGAAGAGGCAUUAAAGGAAAAGGAGAGACAGAAAGUGAAGCUGGCUCAGCUAAAGCAAAAUGGUGAUGCUCUGCAGGCACAGAUUGAUACAACAUGUCAUCACAAAGAGCAGUUGAGCAUGGCUGCACAUAAGCUCUCAGAAAAGGCUCAUGAUCUUCUACAACAGGAACAUGACCUUCAGCGGAAAAUUGAUGAUCAAAAGAGAGCAAUCCGGAGCCUUGAAGCCAAAGAAAGUGGUGAGCUGAGUCUCUAUGGACAGUGGAUGCCUGAGUUGGUGAGAUGCAUUGAAGAGGCUGAUCAAAAAGGGAAAUUCACUUGCAAGCCUGUUGGCCCAAUUGGAGCAUAUGUGAAGGUGAAGGAAGAUAGGUUCUUGCCUCUGGUAGAGAGCAUUUUAGGAAGGGCAUUGAGAGGUUUUUGCAUCAACCAUGAGAAAGAUAUCAAUGUGUUGAAGGCAAUCAUGGACCGAGUGGUACCUAAAAAUGUUUGCCGUCCCACCAUCUCUGUUACUGGAUUCCAGGACCAGUUCUAUGAUGUAUCAAAGAUGCGUGUCAUGGACACCCGUCAUCCAACUCUUCUGGAUGUGUUGGAAAUUACAAAUCCUGUUGCUGGAAAUUACAUCAUUGACCUAUUGCGACCAGAGAACACCCUCAUUGUUCCCAAUGGAGAAGCAGCACGUGCACUCACUAGUCAUCGGACUGCUGUUCCAAAAAAUCUGGAACGAGUCUUCACUUUGGAUGGCAAUCUGUUUUUCCCAGAUCCAGCUUAUCGUUCUUACAGUCACAACAUCCCUCGGCCAGAGAUCCUUUCUGUGGACAUCAAGGAAGCUGUUCGGUACAAGAGGGAAGAGUUACGUGAACUGGAGGGGCGUCGACAGGUUUUGAGGAGAGACCUGGAUGCUUCUCAGAUGGAAGUGCAGGCACAGAAUCGAGAAGUAUCCGCCACUGAACUCCAAUUGAGAAACUUACGCAGGGAACUUGGGAGGAUUCAGAUGGAGAUAUCUAAUGUAGAUAUGCAGCCCCACAGAAGCCAAUCAUGCAGCCUCACUGCCAUUCAAGAGGAAAUUGAUGGAACAAAGGCUAAGUUGAAUGAGCUGAGACAGCGACAAGAAGUGUCCCAAAAGACAUUGAUGGAGAAAAAAGGAGAGCUGGCAAGGGUCCGUUGUGUGUUGUCAGAGUUUAAAAUCGAAUUGAAGGACCUGCAGGAAACCCAUAUGGCUCCCAUCAAGGCUGAGAUGGAUGCCUUAGAAGAGCGUAUGAAUCAAUCAGAUGAUGGCUUGAAGCACUGGAAAAGUCAGCUCCAAAGAGCAGAGAAAGCUGUUCAAGAUGCCGAGAAAGAACUGAAGGAGUAUAGAACCCGCAUUGAUGCACAAAUUAAAGAGACAUCUAAGACUGUAUCUCGCAUCAGAACUAGAAGAACAGUGGCAGCCAUUGAGAAUGAGAUGGUGGGAGUGGAACGACAGCUGAAGGCUUCUCAGGAAACCAUGGAACCAGAAGAUGUGGUGCGAACACAAUGCACAGAGAUUUCCAAGCGAUUCCAACAGUUCAGAUCCUCCUUAUCCCGUUGUCGACUCCUCAUCACAAGGCUGAGUGAUAUGCUGAAGAUGAGAAGAGAAGUUUUCAGCCAAUGCAAGCUUCUCAUGGGGUCCAAGCUCAAUACACAUUUUGCAUACUUUCUGCAAUUUCGUCACCAAUAUGAGGGGACUGUGGAGUUUGAUCAUGAGAAAGGCCUGGUGCUGAUUCGAGCCACGACAGCAGAAACCGAGAAGAUGUACAAGGAGAGCCGCAGUAGUCAGCCUCUGAAACGGGAAGUUGGGAGUCUGUCUGGUGGUGAACGGUCUUUCUUCACCACUUGUUUUCUAAUGGCAUCCUGGCUCUGCAUUGAUUCUCCAUUCCGUAUGCUUGAUGAAUUUGAUGUCUUCAUGGACAUGGUUAACCGACGUGUGGUCAUCCAGCUGCUCCUCAAUCUGGCUCAGAAGUACCGAGACAAGCAAUAUGUUUUCCUCACUCCUCUUGACCUGUCAAUUGUGGGGGAGAACCCUCUUAUCACCAUCCAUCAAUUGGCAGCUCCAAAACGAAAAAGGGAAGAUAGAGAUGAUGAAGAUGAUGGCAUGGCUAAUGGAAGCCAUGUAUGAGGCACAGAGAGAGACCAUUGGACAUUUCAUAUCAUUUUUAUUGGGUUUAACUAAUGUUCUCCCUUGGAGAAAGAGCAUGUUAUAGCCCAGAAUGUUAUAGCCUAGAAUAAAGGAG